AUGUGUGAUGUUGGAGGCAGAGAUGGUGAGGAUUCUUCUCUUCUUGUGCCUCCUCUGCUGAUGAGUUUUAAAGACAAGGUUUUGGGUCUUUCUGGCAUGGCUGAAGAUAAUCUGAUUAUUGGGGAUGGCGAUUGUGUGGUUAUGGAUGGGGAUAUUCAGUCCAUUAAAUUCUCUGAAUCAAUUAAGGAUUGUUUGUAUCAUCCUUGGAGAACUUCUGUAAUCAUCAAGCUUAUGGGUCGUCCGUUGACUUAUAAUUUUCUUCGUGCUCGGCUUCUUCAACGCUGGGCUCUGAAGGGUCCGAUGAGUUUAAUUGAUUUGGAAAACAAUUAUUUCAUUGUUAAGUUUUUGCUUGAGGAGGAUAUGCAGUAUGUGCUUAUUGGUGGCCCUUGGCAAAUUGCUGGUCAGUAUCUUGUGACUCAACAAUGGAAGCCUGGGUUUAAUCCGAAGGAGGAGCGUGUUACACACAUGACGGCUUUGGUCAGAAUCAUUGGUCUCAAUGUAGAGUAUUUUCGACCAGACGUUAUGGGAAAAUUUGGCAAUCUGAUUGGUCAUACUGUCAAGGUUGAUGCUCUCACUAUGAGCCAAGCGAGAGGUAAAUUUGCACGAAUUUGUGUUGAACUUGAUUUGUCAAAGCCUUUUGUUCCUUUCAUUGAAGUUGAAGGUCGAUCUUAUGGUGUUGUGUAUAAAGGGAUUAAGUUGGUUUGCUUUGAAUGUGGCUGCUAUGGGCAUGGUAGGGAUAAUUGUCCUGUUAUUUUGAAAGCCAAGGCCCAGGCUGCUGAAACUGAAAAUGCUAAGGAUAUGAAGGUUAACACUCUUGCUAAGGAGGAUGAUUUGUAUGCUUUUAGUCCUGAGAAGGUUGGUGAGGGGAGUUCUACGAAGCUUCAUGGUCAGUGGAUGUUGUUGCAGCAUAAGAAUUCUAAGAAGCUUCUGGUUCAAGAGGCUGCAGAUGAGCAGGUUGUGAAUCAUUUUAAGUAUGAGGCUAGUAAGCCUAUAAAGCAAGUGGCUACCCCUGCUAGUGGUUUUGCUAAGUCUACUGGGAGUAGCAGAAAUGAGGUUGGGAAGAGAAAUGCUCUUGCUAAGGAUUCUAAGGUGUGGGUUUUCAAAAAACCUUUGAAAGACAUUACUAAUGCUAAGUUGGAGAAGAACAGUACUGUGGGUUUGAAGCCUGGUGUUGGGUCUAACUGCGCUGGGAAGGCUAGGGGUGGGCAUACUCAUAGUAAUUUGAAUGUUGGAGCGGUGGGUAUGCAAGUUCGAGGCUCUGAUGUACAAGAUGAUGUUCAAGGCUUGUUCUCAUUUAAUAUGGAUGUUGCCUCUUUACCUGCGGAUUUUCGGGGUGCUAAUGUGGUGUUGCAUGAACCAGAGCCUCCUGAUAUUGGUCAGAUGGAGCUGAAUGAGGGUGAGUCUCAUUUAGCUAAGUCUAGUGGUUCCCGUGAGGAUGAGCAUGAUUCCGUUGGUAAUGCGGUUGAUUUGGCUGGUAUGUCGAUUGAUUUUGAUGCCUAUGAUGUUGAGGCUGAGCAAGUUGCUUUUUGA